UUGCUGUCUUUUUAUGAACUUCCAAAUAUUUUUUCAUCGCCCUUGACUUAGAAUUGAACAAAAUCCUGUUAACACGACUCUUUCCUUAAACGUCAUGGCUAUUUUCUCUUUGCCUCCUAUUAUGUCCCUAAAACCAGCCCAUGUUGCUUCCUUUGCUACCAUUCUAGUCCUUGCCCUAUCACUUUCAGGCCAUGUUGAUGGCUUGACUGCACAAACAGUUAUAGACUCUCCUCUGUUGACACACAAAAUUGGCACCAAUCGGACAAUCAAGGUCGAUAUCAAUGGCGAUGGAGAUUUUACGUCGGUCCAAGAGGCCAUAAAUGCUGUUCCUAAAAACAAUUCUCAAUGGAUUAUCAUCCAUCUCAGGAAAGGAGUUUACAGAGAAAAGGUACACGUUCCCAAGAAUAAGCCGUAUAUAUUCAUGAGAGGGAAUGGUAAAGGAAGGACAGUCAUUGUCUGGUCCCAAAGCUCUGCUAAUAACAAGGCAUCUGCAACAUUUACCGUCGAAGCCCCCAAUUUCGUUGCUUUUGGUAUUAGCUUCAAGAAUGAGGCACCAACAGGGAUGGCUUUUACAUCACAAAACCAGUCUGUGGCGGCAUUUGUUGGUUCGGACAUGGCUGCAUUCUACCACUGUGGGUUCUACAGCACCCAUAACACUUUAUUUGAUUACAAGGGGAGGCAUUACUAUGACAAUUGCUACAUUCAGGGCUCAAUUGACUUCAUCUUUGGCCGUGGCAGGUCCAUUUUCCAUAGCUGUGAAGUCUUUGUGAUUGCUGACAUGAGGGUGGAUAUUCUUGGGUCCAUUACAGCUCAUAAUAGGGAAACAGAAGAUGACAGUGGGUUUGUUUUUAUCAAAGGGAAGUUUUAUGGCAUUGGUAAUGUGUACUUGGGAAGAGCUAAAGGUGCCUAUUCCAGGGUGGUUUUUGCAAAAGCCUAUCUUUCUAAGACCAUUGCACCUAAGGGCUGGACAAAUUGGAGCUAUGCUGGCAAAACAGAGAAUCUUUACCAGGCAGAAUACAAGUGCCACGGACCAGGAGCCGAUCCUGAGAACCGCGCCCCUUGGUCGAAACAACUUACUGAGGAAGAAGCUAAAAGCUUCAUGUCCAUUGAUUUCAUAGAUGGCAAGGAAUGGCUCCCAGUUUGGCAAAAUUAGGUUGUUGGCAAGCAAUACAGAUGCCAUUGUUCUUGUUAUUGCUUCAUCUCGGCGCUGAAUUAAUUUGCGUGUCUGACUUAGAUAAUGUUAGAAAAAUUGCAAAAGAUAAUGUUUAGUUUAACUAUAUGGAUCUGCAUGAACAAAAGAAAAAACAGUAUUUUUACUUAUUUAAUUUGUAAACUUAUUGUUAGAAAUUACUAUAACAAGUAAUCAGCCUAAACAUGCAUGUAAGCGAAUACAAUAUCUAAAUAAAUUGAUUAUUAUACUUAUUGAA